GAGCUCUCGACUUACUGUACGGAAUGGUUACCAAAAAGAAUUUGAUGGAAAUCGUGCAGAAAUUGUUGGUUAAUGUGAAUGAAAGUCAAAUGGGAAACAAAUAUAGAGAUGAAAUCAUUGCAAAACUGAUUGAUAUUUGUUCUCAAAACGACUAUCAAUUUAUAGCAAAUUUUGAAUGGUAUAUAACAGUGUUGGUGGAACUGUCGCGUGUGGAAGGAGGUACAGAACACGGAGGUCUCAUCGCUCAACAACUUUUAGACGUUGCCAUAAGAGUCGAAGCCAUCCGAUCCUUUGUCACCCGACAUAUGGCCAUAUUACUGGAGAACUCUCACCUCUUUUUGAACAACUCGUCGGUGUGUGAAGUGCUAUACGCGGCCGCCUGGAUAUGCGGCGAAUUCGCUGAUUUCAUUCCAAACCAAAUGCAAACUCUAUUGCAUUUGUUGACAACCACUGCAUUCCCGGCUCACAUAACAGCCGUAUUUCUUCAAAACGCUUCCAAAAUUCUGUCCAAAAUGUCAAAUGAAAAGACAGACGACUUUUAUAAGCUUUGCGAUGAAUUAAUUGAUAAACAUUUGCCACAUUUUCUAACGAACGAAGACUUGGAAGUACAGGAAAGGGCUUCAAGUUUUCUGCAAAUCAUUCAGAUAAUCAAAAGCGAAGACCUAAAUGUGGAGCAACUGUUCUUCGCGUAUGCACUCAAUCCAGUGGCCGCUAAAGCACAGCGAAAAGUGCCGAUUCCUGUGGGUCUCGAACUCGAUCUGCCAUUCGUU